AGCGCAUCUUAAAUCUCGUGAGAUUUGAGUGCAAUUUCAAAGUAGCAGGAUUUGUGGGUUUUAAGUUUUACUCUUUGGUCUUACACUAGUCUUGUAAAGUCACUACAUUGUUGGUCAACUAUGAAACAGAGUUGCGGAAUAACAUAAUGGGAGUUAUGGAACAGCUGUGGUUACAACAUGUAAUGGUAUUGUUCAAGAAUGGAGUCUAAAGCAGUACUUGUCAACGCCGUACCGCCUUAUGGAUAUAUAAUUGCUAACGAAAAGUGGAGAGGUUCUGUGCUGGAACAAGGCUUCAAAGGAAACAUUAAGAUCAUUUUCGAGGAACAGCUCGGCGUUGUUGACUUUCAUCUUUCAGACAAGAGCUGUAUUCUGUAUGUAUCAGAGAGUGACAUAGUGGCAGGCAGUGCUUACAAAAGGAAGAUUGUUCGCUUCAGAAAUGCUAACAGUAAUCUUCAAGGGAUUGUUGUUGUAGAGAAGACACGUCUCAGUGAACAGUACUUUCCCCCCUUGCAGAAGUUUGUGGUGCUGGAGCUGGGACUGAACCUGUUGCCUGUCUUGAGCCCAGCGGAGGCUUCCCAGCUUAUCAUUCAGCUGGUCCAUGGGGAAAGCAAGGAGAACCCCUUCCACAGGAAGAGCAUCUCCAGGCUGCUCGACCCUGUGGUUUUAUCUCUGGUCCAGCAAAUUCCUGGAGUGGGAAAGGUGAAGGCCCUGGCUCUUCUGCAGCGAUACUCCUCCAUUCACCAACUCAGCCAGGCCUCGAUCAGUGACCUUGAGCCCAUAGUAGGGCAGGCCACAGCUCAACACGUUUGGGGAUUCUUCCACAAACCACUGGUUUAGCAUAGUCCACUUGGGAUAUCUCAUUGAGAUAUGAGAUGUUCAAAAUGUUCUACAGCAAAAAGCCUAUAGUGUCUUUAAAGACCUAUAUAUUUGCUGUAGCCAGUUCACCUACAGAAGAUCUUAAGAACUAUGCUUGGAUGUACACACUCAAGAAUCAUUGAGAGGUAUUGCAUAUGUCUAUGGGUCAGGCUUUGAGACAUUCAUCUUUGAGGACUAUUAUUGACAUCUAUGUUGAGAUGCAGUUGUAGCAAUUUGAGAAAUUGUUGUUUCUAAACAUUCAAAGUUCUGUAAUCAAUGUUAUAUGUUAACUCGUUAUAUACACUGUCUGUGCAAAGAUCCAAUAUGAAGGAAUUAAGUAUUUUCACAAUUUACAUUUAAUCUGUGAUAGCUGAGUAAAACCAUUAUUUUGAAGUG